AAAUGAGGGAAAUGAUGUUUUGAUUGUUUUGGUUAGUUUAUAUUCAAUUGGUUUUUAAUUUUCUGUGGUUAUUUGUAUUUAUAUGACAGUUUUUUAAUUGAUUGCGUAAAUUGAAGGAAUUUGUCUAAAUGAGUGACUCAAAUGAAGAAGAAGAGCUAUUCAAAUCCAUUCUGGGGAAUCCUUCAGCUUUCAUUGUUGACCAACAAAAAGAUGCUCCUGAAUUGUCUGAUGAACAGCGACAUAAAAUACUCGCUGAUUUGUACCAAUCGAAAAAAUUAAUAUUCCUGGUGAGAUAUAACAAGUUUCUGACAAAAGAGCAACUUGAGUUUAUUCGAAACACAUCGUUAAUGGAUGAAGAAGUGUUGUAUUUUUUGGAUAAACUGAUUCCGGGUAAAAAUAUCAACCAGAUAAAACAGAGGCGAUUCACAGCAUUACAAGCUUUAAUAGCUGAUGGAGACUAUUUCAAUGAUAACAAUAUGAGAGAGAGAAAUCCCUAUUUAUACGAGCAAAUGGUUGGCAGGUAUUUAUCAAAUCAAGAAAGAAGUAAAGUUGAAGAUCAAGAUCGAGAUUUUAGUGAUGUGCAAAGGCCACUAUCAACAUUCUUACUGCGACAAAUGGAUAAAAACCGCAUAGAAGAAUCAAGAAUAGAGCAAAAGUAUAUAGAUGGUGGUCAAUACGAUGAACAUAGCAAUGACAAUGGUUUCUUAGAAAGAAUUCAAAAAUACAAUCGACAAGAAGAUGGCGAAGAAGAGGAGGAAGAAGAAGAAGAAGAAGAGGAAGAAGAAGAGGACGAAAAUGAAAAGGCUAUCAAGAACGGUAAACUUGAAGCGAUUCGAGUAGCUGAUCAAGAACAUAAACAAUAUUUAAGGAAAGAGUUCACAAAUAUAAUGUACGAAAAUUUUCUCGCCGGCAGAGACUCCAGUUUCGACUACAAAACUGUCGAUGAUGACGAUAAAUAUGACCCAAUCAAUCUAAUGGACCGUGAUGCUGAAGAGUCUUAUUUUGAUUCAGAGGAGCCAGAUUAGGGUUACCCGAAAUCCGUAGUUAUCAAAAUUUGUUAUUUAUGUUGGAAUGUUCAUUCUUGAACAUUAAAAUUUGUAAAUAUUCAUUACUCCCGGUAUAAUCCAUUAAAAUAUCAUGUUUAUUAUUA